AUGGAUAAAUACGCCGAUUUUAAGAACCCUGAGGUCUACUCCACACCAGACCAACUACGUGUGUUGGAAAUUCGUGACUCAUCCUGGGUGAGCGACGAAUCUAGUUUCAGUACAAUGAAGAGCUCUGACAGUUUAAGUCACCUGACGCCCGAAUACGACUGCGGUCAGCAUAGCACACUAGAAUACUUGGCCACUGUGAAUGUGAGCGAGACCAUUGACCCCGCCCCGUCUCGUCCGGUGAAGAUUUCCAGGGAUACACGUCCACGUCCUACAUGGGCGUCUUUUAAAGCCAGGGAAAAUUAUUCGUUGGCUGGACUGUUUGGGUUUUUGUCUACGGUCGACAGGCAGGGAGUUUCUGUAACACAGUUUGGGGUCCUGACACACAGCUACAUUCACACAGUUAGCCUAGGACUUUCGGUGCCUGUAGGUCAGGGGCUUUCGGUGCCUGUUGGUCAGGGGCUUUUGACGCCUGCUGCAAGCCCAAAUAGAAUUAAAAUACCCCAAUCACCCCUGGUAAAGCAACGCCCUAAGUCAAAUAAGAACUACACAAAUGAAGACUUCCAAUCACUUCUGAAGAAACUCCAAAGUCUACAAGUACAGUGCAAUUACCGAAAACUGCGUGUGUUGGACGAAAGCCACCCAACGAUGAUGAUAGCCCACUAUUUUAACCUGAUGCUACAAAACGCUAAAUAUCCCGAACUCAGAAUGAUGAAUUAUUCUAGAUCAGGACUUAAAGCUAUACCCAGCGAGCUGUUAGACUUUCAGACAAAUUUCCCCAAGCUCCGGCACCUGGAUCUCAGCUGGAACCACAUCUCAGAGGUUCGUCUCCCCUUAAAUACAAACAACCAAAAUGGAGUGAUCGUCCUUGAUCUACAACACAACAACAUUACGUCACUCAGCCUUGAGGAAGUCCUGAACUGGUCAAAAAUAGAUUCUGUAUUCGUCAACAUAACCGGGAAUCCCCUACACUGUGAUUGCCAGAUAGCGCCCCUUGUUAGUGAAAUCAAAGCAAGCCAGUUUACCAAUCAGGGGUUAUCAAGAUAUGCGUACAUCAAAGAUUUAGAAUGUUUUUCACCUCGAGUUCUAAGGGGGAAGAGACUAAGUUUUAUUAACAUUGUGUGCAACGGUUCUAAUUUACACUAAGUGUUUUAGAAACUAGAUGAGCUUUUUAAGAAAAAUUAGUUUACUAUGUAGUGAGCUGAAUCCUUUAAAAUUCAGAAGUAAAGUUAUCAAACGAGAAUUAUUUAGGCAAUUUUUUUUUUACAAUUCAUUAAAGACCAAACAUAGGGUUACAAUCAGUGGCAUAAGCGAGUGUGUUAAGGAGUAAUAGAACACCUUACCCAUGGACCUUUAAAAUAACAGCUGUCUCAAAUUAAGUUGAAGCUAUUUAAGAAUUUAAGACAAUGCUUCAUCUAUAUCAAUGCUUUUAGUUUUUAAAUUUUUGUUUAACACUCUCCAGUGACCCAAUUCUACAUAUGCCACUAG